AUGGGCCCCUAUACCGCCUCCUCAUGCUGCUGCCAGGCCCCUAAUCUGCCAUGGGCCCCUAUACCGCCUCCUCAUGCUGCUGCCAGGCCCCUAAUCUGCCAUGGGCCCCUAUACCGCCUCCUCAUGCUGCUGCCAGGUCCAGAGUCUCUCAUGGGUCCCUGUACGGCCUCCCAUUGCUGCUGUCUCCAUCGCCACACUCUGCCAUGUGCCACUUUCAGGUCUCCUCACACUGCUGGUGUGUUCCAUUUUUUGUCAUAGGGUGCUGUACGGCCUCCCAUUGCUGCUGUCUCCAUCGCCACACUCUGCCAUGUGCCACUUUCAGGUCUCCUCACACUGCUGGUGUGUGUUGAAUUUUUUGACAUAGGGUGCUGGCAGUACGGGCCUCCCAUAGCUGCUGCCAG